CGCCUGUAGUGGCCGUGAUGAGGACCCGAGCGAGGUCGUGGAGCAGGGGGCAAGACACUGGCGUGUCUGUGAUCCAUCAGUGUGAUCUGGGGCUGGGAACGGGGCGAGUGGUCGUUAGCGAGUUGGGGGGCUCUGGAGUGACUCUGUUGUAAGGGGCUGUGGGCGGAGGCCUAGCCUGGAGGCGGGGCCGGGAUGGGGGUGCGGGAGCCCCCGGAGGCUGCCCUCCGCGUGUGGGAGAGGGUGAGUGUGCCGUCGGGGAGGCAGCUUGAGGGCGGCUUCGCCGGAAAAACGGACUCUGGUGACCGGUGACUGAGGCGCCUUUGGGUUGGCAAGUGGUAAGGCCUUUGUGGGGAGUCCGUUUUGGGGGUGUUUAGAGGGCUCAGGAUUGGCGGGCCGAGGAUUUCAUUGACUGGAAGGCCUGUGGGUUCGUGACAGUGUUGGAUUUCACGCAGGAAGGUUGAGAAAUCUCCCCCACUCCCCCGUGUGUCCAGGAAAGACCUCGCUGCGGAGAACCGCCUUGCCUGGAUGACCCCGGAACACAUGCCCCCUUGUUGGCCUAUGACAAGGCCAGAUACCAGUCCUCCAAACUCUCAUCCUGUGCCUCAUCAGCGGCUAGCUGGACUGUAGUCCCUGCUGAUCGAUGGGUUUGACAAGGGGUCUGGAUGCAAGUUGUGAAUGAGCGGACAGUGGGGGUAGGAAUUGGAGGUACCAGCCUAUUGGUGUUAAUGCAGAGCUGGUGGCCCUUUUGGGUGAUGAUUAGGAGGACUGUAGGGGUGUUAGUGAGUGGUGGGUGAGCAUGGGGUAGAUUAGAAAAUGGGGUCUCAUGGAAAUGAAUGGUUAGGGCCCCUGUACGAUUAGGGAUUGGCCAUCCCUUGGGUGUAGUGAUGGGGGCUAGCAAGCCUGAGGGGGCUCUGUGAGAACAGUGACUGGGGCACUUUUAGGGUGAGUGGAUGGGUAACUGUAGGAUUUCACUGACUCCACUUCUAGUCAACAAAUAGAAUAAAUUCUGUCAAGAUUAUUGGGUAGGAGUGUGGGGGAUCCAGUGAUGGGUUUCGUGGCGUCAGUGUCGAGAAGCUAGUGGGAAUCAGUGAUGAGAGGCUGACCAUGGCUGGUGUUUGGGGCUGAGUGAGGAAGAGCCUGGAAUGAUCAGGAAUCAAGGGUCCUGUAGAUACCUGAUUGGGGGUGGGGUUGUGGAGAGACUUUGGAUUUCAUUGAUGGAUGCACUCCUGUGUCACCUGGGGGUUGAUGAUUGGGGGCUUUGCUAGAGGAGUCCCUGGGGAUGUGUAUGUGUAACUGAAGGUCCAGGAGGGACAGCCUGUAAAGUCAGCAGUCAGGGUCCUGGUGGGAUGAGGGGCAAGUGGGAGAAGUGAUAGGCUUGUGGCGCUGUGUGGCCUGGAGACUUGUGAGGGCUCUGUUGUGGUCAGUGAAUGAGGGGCUGGAGAAUUCUCAGGUGGUCAGUGUGGGUAAGUGGGAGCCUCUGAGUGCUGAAGUUCCGUCCGUGGGCUGGGGUGGCAGGGGGCUUCAGUCAUUCUGUGGGGGCUUAUGUGUGAUUGAGGCCAUCUUUGGUGAUAGGACCUCUGUGAGUUGUGCUUGUGGGUUUGGGUGGGUCCCAAUGAGUGUUGGUCACGCAUUGGCUCAGGCAAGACUCUCACAUAGUGACUUCUGUUGAAUGACAUACUCUUUUGUUCUGUGGUUCUUCUCAGCCAGCACAUCACGUUGUUGGUUUGUGAUGGCUCCUUUUACUGGAAUAUUUCCUUAUGUUCUCAGUGACCCUAUUGGCCAUAAGGCCUCCCCCUUGCUGGCUGAGUCCCUGUGUCCUCCUCCAUCCCUGAAGCACCUUCAGCUCUGUCUAGCUCCAGCCCUCUUGAAUGUAGUGCUCUGUGAUGGGCCUGUUCUUCCCACAGCCUUCCGCUUCCUGCUCACUGUCUGCACAGGGCAUGGGCUCGGCUGACUGAGCUGUGUAGGGUUCCUGAGCAUGUGGUUUUGAGCACAGCCUUGUCUCAUCUCUUUCCAGCCCUCAGCCCAACUUGGGGUGGGUUGUAACUGCCUCGAGGGGCUGGUGUUCUGGCUCUGCUCUUGUUAGCUGCCCUGGGGCAGAACUCGGCAGUUGGCUAACAUCCGGGCAUAAUUUUCUCUCUUCAUCUGUGGCUGACUUUUCACUAUAUCCAUUGGGACAUUGGAGACCCCCCUCCCCUGCGCUUGAGUGAAACAGUGCCUUUAGACAAAGAGCUCUUGCUGUCCAUCUUGUACAGGUACUAUACCCUCUCUUUGUUCAGCUUAUUUUCUGGAAAGGUGCCUGCUGACCCGUCCACCAUGCUCGGGCUUCCUCGCUAGCCUGACAGCCUGCAGAGACAAAGCUCAGCAGCCAUUCCUGGACCCCAGGUAUGUUCUUAGGAAGGAAAUAACAUCUCUGUGCGAUUUUAUGCCUCUGAAGUCCCUGGCUCUUGUCUCCUCUCUGGUUGAAUGUAAGUGACCUGGUCCAUGAGCAGUGAAGGAAUUCAAGGUGUAAGUAUGUGCCAUGACUGAGGAACGAGAAAACUCAAGCAAGAUAAGAAAGAAGAGGCCUCAGGACUAGGGGUGCUCUCUUAGUUUACAGACAUUUGACCAGAAGCCUCUCUCCAGAGCAUCAGGACAGACAGGAGUCACAGAACGGAGCCGAUUUUCCAAGCCGCAGAAAAUGAUCAAGUCACAGAUCUCCUUUGAGGAUGUGGCUGUGGGCUUCACGUCGGAGGAGUGGCAGCUACUCAACCCUUCUCAGAAGAGCUUGUACAGAGAGGUGAUGUUGGAGAACUACAGCAAUCUAGUUUUCUUGGGUUAUCAAAUUAUCAAACCUGAUGCGAUUUUCAAGCUGGAGCACAAAGAGCCGUGGAUAAUAGACGAAGAAGUUCUAAAUCAGAACUUUUCAGAAGAAGUCUGGCUAGAUAACAGUCUCAAAAUGUGGCACCAGGAUAAUCAAGACAAGCUUAGAAGUGUGGAGAGAGGCCAUGAAUAUGAUAUUUUUAGGAAAAUAUUUCAUUCAAGCAUUAACUUUGUUCAUUUAGGAAUGAAACCCCAUAAAUGUGCCACAGGUGAAAAAAGUCUGAAACAUCCUUUUGAGUUUCUUAUUCCAAAAAAUAACCAUGGAAGAAAGAAACUUGAUGAGCUCAAUAAGAAAUAUUUAUUGUAUGUCAAAGCUGAUAGAACCCAUGGUGAAAUGCCAUACUGUGAUUGCAGUAAAUGUAGGAAGGCUAGCAGGACAGGGUCGUGGCCCAUUGCAAACCGUAGAAUGCACACAGGAGUCCAUUUAUGCAUGGAGUGCGGCAGCAUUUUCAGUAAGAAGUCACAGCUCAUCAUACACCAGCGGACGCACACGGGAGAGAAGCCCUAUGGAUGCAGCGAAUGCGGGAAAGCCUUCUCCCAGAAGUCACUGCUCACUAUUCAUCAAAGGACUCAUUCAGGAGAAAAACCAUAUGGAUGUGGUGAAUGUCAGAAAGCUUUCAGUAGGAAGUCCCUGCUCAUUUUACACCAGAGGACGCACACGGGAGAGAAGCCCUAUGGAUGCAGUGAGUGUGGGAAAGCCUUCAGCAGGAAGUCGCAGCUCAAGAGACAUCAGAGAACCCACACAGUCGAGAAGCCCUAUGGCUGCAGUGACUGUGGGAAAGCCUUCUCCCAGAAGUUAAAGCUCAUUACCCAUCAGAGAACCCACACAGGAGAGAAGCCCUAUAAGUGUAGUGAUUGUGGGAAAGCCUUCUUCUGGAAGUCACAGCUGAUUACUCAUCAGAGGACUCACACGGGGAAGAAACCAUACGCAUGUAACGAGUGCACAAAAGCCUUCAGCAGGAACUCGCUGCUCAUCAGACAUCAGAGGAUCCACACAGGGGAGAAACCCUAUGAGUGCAGCGAGUGUGGGGAAGCCUUCAUCAGAAAGCCACAGCUUAUCAAGCAUCAACUAACUCACACGGGAGAGAAGAACUACCAGUGUGCUGAUUGUGAAGAAGCAUUCUUUAAGAAGUCAGAGUUAAUCAGACAUCAGAAGACUCACUUAGGGGAGAAACCCUACGGAUGUGUUGAAUGUGGAAAAACCUUCUUUGGGAAGUCACAGCUCCUAACGCAUCAGAGAACUCACACUGGAGAGAAACCGUAUGAAUGCAGUGAGUGUGGAAAGGCCUUCACCCAGAAGUCAAGCCUGAUUUCACACCAGAGGACACACACAGGGGAGAAGCCCUAUGAGUGCACGGAGUGUGGGAAGACCUUCAGUGAGAAGUCAAGCCUCAUUCAUCACCAGAGAACCCAUACUGGAGAGAAACCCUUCGAAUGUAGUGAGUGUAGGAAAGCUUUUGCCUGGAAGCCACAGCUUCUUAGACAUCAAAGAAUUCAUACAGGGGAGAAACCCUAUGAAUGCAGUGAGUGUGGGAAGGCCUUUGUUCAGAAAGUGCAGCUCAUUAAGCAUCAGAGAAAUCACACAGGAGAGAAAACCUAUGGAUGCAGUGAUUGUGCAAAAGCCUUCUUUGAGAAGGCACAGCUCGUUAUCCAUCAGAGAAUUCACACGGGAGAGAGACCCUAUAAAUGUGGUGAAUGUGGGAAGUCUUUCACUAGAAAGUCUCACCUUAUGAGGCAUCAGAGAAUUCAUACAGGAGAUAAAUACUAUGGGUGCAGUGAGUGUGGGACUGCUUUCGGCAGGAAGUCGCAGCUCAUGAUUCAUCAGAGGACUCACGUCCUCUAGAAACCAUGUGAAUGCUGUGAACUUGGAACAUUUACUGUCAGACGUCAUGCCUUCUGACACGUCCGAGGACACACACACGGGAGGAACCCUGUCAGUGCACUGGGAAGGCAGGUCUCACCCAACAAUUUGGAGAGGAGGGAAUUUGUUUAAGUAGACAGUGUAAGAGAGCCUUCUCCCAGAACACACAGCUUGUUACACAUUAAUGACUUAACGUGGAAGUCUUAACCAGUAUUGUGGUAGUACGGACCCUUGUAGUGAGAAGUGACAGCUCAUUGUUAGAGGACCUACGCUUGAGGAGAAACUGGACUGUUGUAAAAAGCAAGUGAGAGGUUUCAUCAAGAAAGGAUAACUCACAGUACACUAGAGAGUGCAUACACAAAAUACUGAAUAGUAUGAAUUAGAGAUUUCAAUACGGAGAAGUCCUCAUGUGAAGAAUUUUGAUAAGCAUGAUCCUGUUGAAGGAAUUCUAUAACAUUGUGUUUGUUGUAUGUAAGUUAUAAAAAAUAGUUAUUUUUAAAAGUUAGUUGUGUUUUAAGUGUGAAGACUUCUGCUUUCCGCUAUGGUGGUACGGCAAGGACCAGAUUACUCCCCUGCCUUCGACAUCUAGAAACUGUAAAAUGUAUGUGAAAGAAUAGUUUUGAGACCUAUGGCAAGCAGAAGUUUGUGAUCCUCGGCAGAAGGUGGACAGAGUGAGGUGAGCCCCACAACAGCCCAGCCUAGCGCCUGGUGGCAGCUCCCAGGCUGCUGUUCAGGGGAAAGGAACACGUGGUCUCGUCAAAGAGAGCUGCUGACAUGGCCUUUGGGGAGGCCACAGUAGCUAGAAUUUGCAGGGAAAGGAGAAGAGGGAGCUUUCCAGAGAGAGGGCUGCAGAAAUCUAUGAGGAGUCCCCUUGAGUCUUUUGGCUUAGUGCUGAUUUGCAUGUGUGUGAAAGGAAAAGGCGUGCUGGAAAGCAGGCGGCAGAACAAUUCCCAGAAGUCAGUGCCGGGCUGGGAAUAAAGUUCCCACCAGCUGGAUUGGAACAGCUUUGAACACAUGGGGCAUCGUUAGGGUUCCCCGCAGAGUAUGAUCUUGUGAAGUAACUGACCCUAGAUUAAAAGCUGCUCUGGACCCACAAUGUCUGGCAUCUAAACACUUUCCUGACAUGCAAAGAAAUUAUGAGAAUACGACUUGUAACCAGGACAAAAAUGAAUCAGUAGAAAGAGACAUAGAAGAGACUGGAGCACUUGGCAUUGGACAAGGGUGUUCAAGCAGCUCUUUCGAAUAUAGAGGAAAAUAUGAACAUGACAAGACCAGAAUGGAAGGUGUAUUUUUAAAAGCCCAAGUGGAACAUCUCAGGAUGAAAACAGCAGUAUCUGAAAAUUAAAAAAACAAUGACCAAAAAAACCCAACUCUGAGUGAAAUUAAGAACAGAUGAGACAUAGAAGAAGAAAAAUUGAUGAAUUUAAGUAAGAAUAUAAACUGUCCAACUGAUGAACAGAGAAAAAAAGCCUGGAAGAAAAGAGAGGAGGGGAGCAGAGUCCUAGAAGGAGAGGACGGGGAAGAGAAGUAACAAAGUAUCUGAAUAAAUAAGGGCUGAAAUUGUUACCAAUGGGAUGAAAAGUGUCACUCCACAUAUUCAAGGAGUUCAAAGAACCCCAAACAAGAUACAUAAAAAAAAUCCUGCUAAUGGACAUCAUAGUCAAAUGGAUGAAGAACAGUUGUAAAGCGCCUCGGGAAAGACAGGACGCGCUCACAGAACAGAGUAGGACAGCUUGCUCCCGGGCAGAGACUGCUCAAGCCACAGGACAGUAGAGUGAGUGACCACUUCGGAUUACUGAGGGAAAAAAUAAAACCCCUGCAACCUGGCGUUUGUCUAUUACCCAUCAGAAAUAUCUUUCAAAAAUUAAAGGAAAAAAAGACUUUUUCAGGAAAACAAAAUCAAAGAGAAUGUAUCAGCUGUAGGCCUUCCUUCAGGAAAAUUUAAGUAAGUUUGGGGGCAGCAGGAAAAUAAUCCUAGGUGGAAAUGUGUAUCUACAGGAAGAAAUGAAGAGUUCUGGGAAUGGUAAAUAUCUGGGUAAAUAUAAAAGAUUUUUUUCUCAUUUUAAAAUCUUUUAAAAAGGUAAUCGAUUGCUUAAAGCCAAAUAGUGACAAUGUAUUGUGGGUUAUGAUCUAUUUAGAAGUAAAUUAUGUACCAACAACAACACUUAUGGGUGAAUUUUCUAGAAUAGUUAAAUAGACUGCAUCAUCUGAGUCAGAAAUCUGCUUCCCCAGGGCUCAGGGUGACUUGUGUCUGUAGCAUCUACUCAGUAGAGUUGACAUGUGAUGGACCUGCAUACAUGCUGCUUGUUCCCUGCUCCCGCUCCUCUCUCUGCACCCCAGGGGCUGCCCUCUAGGGUUUCUAGCGGCUAGAUCAGCCGAGGGAGGAGAGAGGCCAGGGCAUUCCUCCCCGCCCUCCCUACUGGGCCUUGGUUUGGGCAGAGUCUGUGCCUGCGUGGGCACAGCUCCCGCUGGGCAGUCCUCCUCUGGGGCUGUCGACUCCGUUCUCAGUUCACGCCUCCCUCUCCUUGCUCUUCGGAUGCUUCACCAUCCCUAGUUGGUGUCCUUAAUUCUGAACACAUAUCUGUAAAUAGUCCCUCUAUUAAAUGUUCUUGAGUUAAUA